AUGCCUCCGAAUAUAGUUCUGGGGCGCACCUUUUUCUCCAAGGAUGAUGUGAAGCUUGCAAGCUUGAUUCCAAACAUCGCAGACAUGGAGCUGGACGCGCUGGACAGUGCAUUACCACUCGAAGGAAGUGACUACACAGUCAGAGAAAUGGACGACAACAUUGCCGCGCUGAAAGCAGAAAAGGGCCGCGACUUCCAGGCGCGUUUGUCCAAGUUGUUGGAUUUGACCUCUCAACGUUCAACACAAGCGGGUAUGCAGUUGUUGGCGCGAGCAGGGCGUAUUUAUACACUUAAACAGCCCUCGUCAUGGUUCCGUCGGCUCUGUGAGUGUAUUGAGGUCCGGGAAUGGCUCCAGGAGCAAAUAGAAGAUGGAAAUGACGUCCAUUUUGUGGUCGGACUUCAUACUCUCUUCGAUACCAUAACGGCAGAGGGCCUGGCUUUGAGGUCUACUCAUGGCGGCACCCUCACAGCUGCCGUAGGUGGUUUAACCGGGUUACCGAUCAACGACUACGCAAAUAUUGGCGUAUCGGCAUCCGCCAACAACAACCAGGCUACCGUACAUCGUUACGUUGCGCCUGGAGAGCAGGUUUUCGCUAUUCGACUGAAGAAGGUGGUGUUUCGUUUUCUGAAGCCACGCGAUGUCGGCAAUGCCCGUUUGGGAAAGACUAGUAGAUGGGAGAUGUCGUCGGAUAAUCGAAGUGGUGGUGAGGAAUUCUCGGAGAUCGUGGAAGCUUCUUUGGAUGACUCUUUGUCUGACUCUGAAUAUGAUGAUGGAGAUGAGUAUGUCAGGGGACUCGCAAAUGAUAAGGCUGAGUUCUACGUUGUGCAGGAACAAGGCCUUUCCUAG